GACUUAUCCUUGUAGAACCAGGAUAUUCGAGAGCCGCGGUCAACAUGGCGGCCCCCGCAAGUGUUCUCUGAAGGAGAUUGUUUUCUCUCUUAGUUUGUCGCUGUUGAUGCUCAGUGUGAUUGAUCAGCCAUGAAGUGCUCCCGUUGCUUGUUACAGCUGUGGUCUCUCAGACCAUUGGGUCAGUCUGCCUGGCCUGCAGCCCACUGUGUUUCUCAGCUCCAAUCUGCUUCCUGUUCUCAGCCGACUGUAUUAUACCAGAGCCAAAACCAGGUGUUGCGGAGAUUCCACAGCAGCCCGGUACGCACCAAGAGUCGCAUGCCUGCUGAACAGCAGCAGAAGAACAAGUCACUGGCUACAAUUGAUGACAUGUUCGAGCGGGUGUCCGACGACGCCAAAGUCAAAGACACGUUCAGUAAAGUGCUGGACGGCUUCAUGAAGAGGGACGUGAGACGACGUGGACAUGUGGAGUUUAUAUAUGCUGCGUUAAAGAAGAUGCCUGAGUUUGGCGUGGAGCGAGACAUCACCAUCUACAACAAACUUCUUGAUGUUUUUCCCAAGGAGGUGUUUGUGGCCAGGAACGUUUUACAGCUAAUGUUCAAUCAUUAUCCCCGGCAGCAGGAGUGUGGGCUGCAAAUACUGGAGCAAAUGGAACAGUAUGGUGUCGUACCCAACAUCGAAACCAAAGUCCUGUUGAUCCAGAUCUUUGGAGAGAAGAGCCACCCCGUCAGAAAGUAUCAGCGCGUCAUGUACUGGUACCCCAGGUUCAGACACAUCAAUCCAUUUCCACUUCCCCAGAAGCUGCCCGAAGACCCGGUAGAACUCUCCCACCUCAGCUUGUCUCGUAUCGCCAAUGACCUGAGCGCAAAGAUUACAGUUUACCAGCGUCCACGUACGGAUGUCGGUGAGAAUGGAGAGGAAAUAACAUCUCCGCACAUUGUAGGUAUUCAGAGUCCUGACCAGAUGGAGCUGCUGGCCAAGCACAACCCAAACAGACCGGUGUUUGUGGAGGGUCCCUUCCCUCUGUGGCUGAAGAAGAAAUGUGUGCACUACUAUAUCCUCAGAGCUGACCCCAUACCUUUUGAAGAGAAAGUGGAGGAACCCUAUGAUCCAGAACGGAGUUUUUUCUACCCUCUACAGUUAGACCUGGAUCUCGAACGUGACUUUGGAGAGUACGUGACCUUUGACGUUGAAGACGUGGACGAGGGCCCUGUCUUUGCCAUGUGCAUGACCGGUCAAGGAGACCAGGUGGCGCUAAACCAGUGGAUUUCUGGUCUUCAGCUGAACAAUCCUAUCCUGGGUCGGGUCCCCACCUUAUUCCGACUAAAUGCCGGACCACGGGAGCUGCAGGAGUCAGGGGCGGGCUCCGCCUCAGAGAAGCAGAGAGAGAAACAUCCGAAUGAGGCAGAACCUGAGUUUAUAGAUGAAGAAGAGCCACAGAAAAGACAGGCAAUGAAACCAUGAACUUUGAAUCACGACAUGAAAGGGAUGGAGGGAAAAAAAAAACAUUCCUUUUAACUGCUAAUUUAGGUAGAUCUAUUAUGUGGACUUCAUCAACAUGUGCAAAAACAAAUGUUGGGACGGUCAAUAAAUCGGAACAAAAC